AAGUAAAAUUAAUAAAUGGUGUAUACACAUGGAUUCGUUAUAAAGGUAGCCAAAGUUUGGUCACCCACAUAACCCCCAUCUGUCCUUACUAAAAAAUUUAUUGCACCAUCUUCCCCGUUAUAAACACUGUCAUUUCCAUCAAAUGCUCCAAAAUUUAGCAGCAGACCAAAGUAAGAUAUUGAGAAGGAAUUAAAUUAAAUUGAAGAGAAAAUGAAGAUGUUAACAAGUGCAGUUUUUGUGGUUUUGGCUAUUAUUGCAAUACAAGUUAGUGGUCAAUCAGAUGAUUGCCAACAAGUGAUAGUUGGAUUAGCACCAUGUUUGGAUUAUAUACAAGGGAAUGCCACAAAACCGUCAUCAGGAUGUUGUACACAACUAGCCACUAUUGUGAAAAAUCAGCCACAAUGUUUGUGUCAAGUGGUUAAUGGUGGUUCUGCAUCUUCUAUGGGAAUUAAUGUGAAUCAAACACAAGCUAUGGCUCUUCCAAAAGCUUGUAAUGUUCAGACUCCCUCUGUUAAUAUCUGUAAAGCUACUACUCCAUCUGGUUCUCCAGGGUCUCCUUCUACUCCUUCAGGUGGAUCUAAGGGUGAACCAAGUGGAAAUUCAGGAUACAGAGUCAAGCUGCCAUAUUCUCUCUUGUUUACCCUUGUAGUUGCAGCAUCAUUUGCCACGGUAUUCACCAUCUAAGCUCCACUAUUGUUUGUAUUGUGUUUUGGACUACUUUGGAGUGUGGAGUUUGUCAACACUUAGCUUACUCGCUUACUCGCUUACUCUUCUCUAUAAUUUUUGUAUACCUUUGGUUAAGUUGAUGUAAACUUUGCAAUUCACUACUAGGCAGAGGCUUUGAUAAUCUCUGUUAAAUUUUGAGAUGUACCAGACUCUAUUAUCAAGAUAAGAGUUAAUUUCUA